UGCCAGCAAGCGGGAAUCAUACCUAUCCGAUCAUUAUGGCCAUCGACUGGGGCACCACAUACUCCUCCAUGGCCUAUGCUUACCAGUACGACGGAGAAGUCCAUGAGGUGUCUACCUGGUACGAUAGUUGAUUACCUUGAGGGUCGUUGAUUAUAUGGAUUUUUGUUUUGAAACAAGGACUGAUGGUCCUUUGGGGUUUGUCUAGGCCCAAACAGUCGCACAACUACCCCAAGGUGCCGACCUGCAACCUAUACGGUCCUGGUUCAAAGGAUAUUCUGGAAUGGGGAUAUCCUGCUAAGAUCGCCAUGACCAAACCACCCUUCAAAAACCAUAUCUUGCUCUCAAAAUACAAGCUGCAUCUGGACGAGUCUUCAGGACCACACCCGCCUUUGCCCAAUGGGUUGACAGUGGUGGACGCGAUCUCAGAUUAUUUACGCGUUUUCCACGCACACGUCUUACAGAGUGCUUUGAGGGGGUUCGGCUCCGCAUUCGAACAACGUCAUAUUCAGUACUGUCUCUCAGUCCCGGCUAUGUGGACAGAUCAUGCAAAGUCUAUGAUGAGACAGGCCGCCCUUCAGGCCGGGAUGAUCACGCCCCUGGACCCACCACACCGGCUGCUCUUGAUCUCAGAACCCGAGGCGGCAGCACUCUAUUGCGAGAAGAAGUGUGACCAGUACCAGAUCGGGCAUGGCCAGAGAUUCAUGAUUUGCGAUGCUGGCGGAGGCACUGUGGAUUUAAUUGUCUUUGAAGUCAAUGCAGGGCCACAGGGUCGAACACUGAGAGAGGUCACCCGAGGAAGCGGACACAGCUGUGGAUCUGUCUUUUUGGACGAACGCAUGGAGGCACUGCUGAGACGCAAAUUCUCAAAGUGGACGGAGAGAGGGCUAACACCGGCAAAUUGGGUACAGAUCAUGGAAACGUUUAUUCACAACGUGAAGCCGCUGUUUGACGGUAUCGACGACCAGUAUAUCACCAUGCCUGCGGUGCCUGGACGCGCCGAGCUGACCGAUUACGAGAUCGGACUUGAGGACGGUGUUUUGACGGUGACGGCAGAAGAAAUGAGGCGCGAGGUCUUUGACCCUGUUGUGGAUGACGUCCUGCGGUUGAUCCAGCACCAGUUACAACAAACCCAGUUUAAUUGUCAAGGAAUCUUUUUGGUUGGCGGAUUCGGAUGCUCGAGCUAUCUGAUGACGAGAGUUCAGGCCGAAUUUUCACACAUUGUGCGAUUGAUCGCCGUUCCACCGCGAGCAGAGUUGGCGGUGGUCCGUGGCGCUGCCCUGGCAGGAAUCACCCCUCGGACAGUUGCCGCGCGUGUGGCUAGAAGAUGGUACGGUGUCGAUUCGCUGAUGAUUUUCGAGCCCGGAUAUGAUAUGCCCCAUAAGCAAGUUCGGGAUCAUGAAGGCCUGACUCGUGCGCGGGACAGAUUCUCGGUCUAUGUGGCACCUGGCCAGCAGGUCGGAGUCGACGAAUGCAUCACUAAGCGUUAUAUAACGUAUCAGUAUCCCAAGCCCGUCAAUUCCCCACUCUACGCCUGCUCCUCGAUGGCUAUACCUCGAUAUAUCGACAGUCCAAUGGUGGAAAAGAUUGGUGACUUUACAAUCCCACUGCCUUAUAUCCCAGGUGCAUUACCGGGCCACAAGGUGGUGUUUGAGCUGAGGAUGUACUUUGGGGCAACAGAGAUCAGGGCCGAAGCUGAGGUCAAUGGUAUGGUGGUGAGCACGAGAUGUCACUUUUCAGGAUAGAGGAUAGGAGAAGACGCAGAGCCAUGGAUGCUUCUACGGUCGUUGUGACAUCACCAAUACUAAAGGAACUAAGAAGUGUGCUCGCAGUAGCGUGAAAGAGCGAACCAGCCAUG